CUAGCUCUGGGCCCUGGGCCCUGGCCCAGAUACAGGAUAUCGAGUGGAGGCCCAUCCGGAUUCCCAUUCGAUUGGGCCAUCUCAUGUUUUCACCACUUGGGCCUGCUUGGCUUGGGGUCGUCGUCGAAUUGGGGGCGAUUCGAUUGGAGUCGUCGGAGAGGGAGCUGCGGCGGCGCUUGCGCGGAGGAGGAGGAGGGAUGGAGGCGACUGUGGACGACCUGAGCGCGGCGUACGACGAGUUCGUGGCGGCGGCGGCGGCCGUGGUGGAGGCCCGCGCGCAGGCGGGCGGGGAGAAGACGGCGGCCACGGACGCCGCGCUCGAGGCCUUCAAGCAGCGCUGGGAGCUCUUCCGCGUCGCCUGCGACCACGCCGAGGAGCUCGUCGAGUCCAUCCGGCAGCGCAUCGGAUCCGAGUGCCUCGUCGACGAGGCCACGGGAUCCGCCUCCUCCGGAUCCGGGCCCGCCGCCCCCGGCAUCAAGCCCAUCAGCGCCGUCCGCCUCGAGCAGAUGAGCAAGGCCGUCCGCUGGCUCGUCAUCGAGCUCCAGCACGGCGCAGGAGGCGCCUCCGCCCCCGGGGCCGCCGGAAGUGGCGGUGCCGCCACCCCCAACGCCGGCGCCGGCCCGGGCCCCGGUGGGCAGCACCCCGAGGAGGGAGGCCAGUAGUAGGUAUGGAGUUGCAGAGUUAACUAGUUGUGUCGUCCUUCAGGAAUGAACUUGUAGCAUCUCUCCUUCAAUAGAGUACAAAGAACGUGUUUGCAUCUCCGAGUUACAGCAUUAGAGCUUGCGAUCACUAGCAUGGUACUUGACAAUGCCUUGCGGUGUUCAUAUUUUCAAGAAUGAAGAAAUGAACUAGUUUCCUGUACUUUGCUGGUUGCUUCCCUCCCAUUAUGAGAUCACAUAAUGAACUAGACAAGGCAUGGUGGCUAAUUCUUGUUCUU